UCGUUGAUAUUACUUAAAAAAAACAUUUGUGUUCACGCUUCUUUUGUAAAAAUGGAAGACUUACUGAAAGUACUGGGCAUCAUAAGCAAUCUCAAAGAUGAUUUGAAUACAACUCAUAAGAAACAUUUCGAGGAGCUUGAUGAGUUGUUUUUCGGUGUAUCAACGCCUGCUGCAGACGCCACUGGCGAACAAAGCGAGUCCAUUAAAACGUCCACUUCAGUUACUCCCCAGCAGACGAAGAAACGACCAAAACGCCUUUCGUCCCUUACCGAAGAAGAAACAGACUCUGGAGCUGCAGCUAAUGACGCCAAGAAGGAUGUUUCGUUGCGUACGAGCGUACGCGUCAGCAACUCGCAGCUUCUGGCCGCCGCAGACGAUGUCUCAACUGACAGCCAGGCUAAUACAACGGCUGGUCUCAUGCCGCCACCUCCAGCGCCAGCGGACACGACUUUAAGCUCGGGUCGACCUCAGCGUGCGGCCAAACUGCGCUCUGAAAAGAACCUGAAGGAACCAUCUCUCAAUAGCAAAAUGCGACGUCCCACAACUGAAGAUUUGGUCAAGGUCAAACUGGAACACGAGCACCGUCAGUCUCAGUUUGAAACGGCGAGCUUUAACGAAACAGAUACAGCGCCAACUCCAUUGCCCAGCACCGAAGUGUCAAAGCCAGUUGACGAAAUCGUUUCCGAUGAUAAGGAGGACAAUAAGAGCGCGAGAGAAGUUAAUACAUCGAGGGAUGUAGUUGUUAAAAUCAAACGUGAGAAGCUUAGCAAUGGUACUAAAAACGAGGACUCAACACCGGCGCCAGUUUUGGCAGACCAGUUCAAGGUACCACUUGCCGUACCACUAGCUAAAGCAUUGCCCGCGACAAGUGACACCGAUGAAAGCACCGUCCUCUCGGUAACUGCAACGACGAAUACAACUACAACAUCAGCACCCGCCAAAAAGGGCCGCAAAAAGAAGGAGGCCCAUCGCCCAAUCAAAAUUGAGCGUUUUAGCGAUCUAGAGAAAGGGUCGCCAAUCUCUUCUCGCACUCGCAGAAACAUUCCCGGCAAACGCAAUUCAGAAGAGUCACAGCCGCCGCAGCGAUCGAUAUACGAGGAUGCUAUAGAGAAUUUGCCCAACGGCAGUGAAACGCGCGCAGAGCCGGCCGCUCAAGGUGCAGUUAAUGAAACAGUGACCAUCUCGAAUGCAACCAUGAUAUUGAGCACCGCUCCUGGCGAUGCUACCUUCAAUUUACCCCAAGGAAACGCGACUAUCACACUGGGAAAGCAAGAUGCAACAUUUGCUGUGGAAAAUGAUACCCGAAGCUCUGAUUCAUCAAACAAAACAAUGGAAACUGCAAAGGAUACAAGUUCGCAGCAGCCACAAAGAGAUAGUCUUAUGACCGAAGAUGAUUCAGUAGUGGACGAGACACCACCGGUCAAGACAGUUGCUGCCAAAAAAGUGGUACCACCUCCAAAGUCUGCCACUGUUAAGCCCUUGAAGAUGCCUACACGUACCCAUGAGCUGUUCAAUCCCCUUUUACAAAGUCCUGUGAAAAUGCGCGUAGAAGCUUUUGAAAAUGCAGCCAAUGCACAAACUGGCCGACCGAAACGCACCAAGGAGCUUAUGGGCACACCCAGCAGCGGCACAACACCUACAAUUGGCAAACUACCCGCUCCAACAUUGGGACGUUUUCUAACGCCCACACAAACUAUGAGUGCAGGGCCACUGAAUUCGGCACAACCCAAAAAGGCGCCCCUAAGCGCCUGCAAAGCCACAACAUUGAUGAAAACCGCUACUGGCACCAAUCUUAAAUCCACAAACUCCAGUUCCACAAAAACCCUCUCACGCGAGAACAGUGGUGAUGACUUCCGAAAGGGAUUGCAUCAGCUGGCCGAAGAGCGUAAAAAGCAGCGCGAGCAAAAGCAUUUGUUGGCUGCGCAACAGCGCGAGGCAAAGGAGCGUGAGCGUGCCGAACGAAUGGCUAAGCUGGCAAAGGAGCGUGAAGAGAAACGUAUUAAAAAAGUGCAGGAACAAGAGCGUAAGAAGCAAGAACACGAGAUGCAACUAAAACUGCGCCAGCAAGAGGAGGCCGAAGCACUGAAGAAGGCCAAGGCUAAGGCCAUACAGGAGCAGGAACGUGCGAUGUUGCUGCAAAUGAAACAGGAUCAGUUAAACUCGGCCAAAUCAAAGCAAAUUAUGAUGCCGCCGCCACCAAAAUCCAAAUACACAUUCGAAAUGUUGCACGAGGAUGAUUCAACGGAUGAUGAAGGAAAAGUAACCUACAAACGACCGCCGCCACCCACUUGGAGUCGAUCUCACGUGCGUAACGCUGCGCUGGUCAUGCAAAGCUAUUGUCCCACCGAUGUCAUAGACAGCUUCUUCUCUGUAGCACCAACGACCCCCGACUUGAAGUUAAUAUUUCCCAACAUUGAUCCACGUCAGUUGAAACGCAACUCCAGCGUGCUCUGGUCCACACCACCGCGCUACUCGGAGCUACCAAAAUACUAAGUUUUCUUUUUAAGCUAGCCAAGGGACGUUUUCUCAUGUGACAGCUAACUCUAAUUAGCGCAAAAACUGGAAUAUCUUUAUACAAAAUAUGUUUGUUUCUGCCCUGGCUAGAGUUACCUGUAACAUGAGGAAACGUCCCCAAAAUCUACAAUUUUCUAUUGCAAUCAGUUAUAUGUUUAUGUGUUUUUUACGAAUGUGGUUAUUCUUAAAUAUUUUAUGCAUUGUACUAAAUAAAUUAUCAAUAAAGUUUAGUUCUAUAUCAGUUGA